UGGUAGAUGCUGUAUCUGCACCGAUCUGCUGCCAAAGAGCAUCUUUCUCCAUUGAUGGACAUUCAAACGUAGCUGUUUAUUCUGAUAAAUCCUUGCAAGCAACAUAUAAUGGAGGCUCCUAAUAGCAGCUGCCAUUGUGAUGUGAAUACUAAAAUCCUGAGUGUUAAAUUAACACUGUUUGGAGUAGGAUUUUACUGUGUACUAACAAUUAUUAGCUUUAUGAAAAUAUGACUAGUAGGUCCUUUUGCUUUGGUUAAACAUGAGAUGUCUGCAGCAGUUUCUUACCAAACAGGAAGUUCAACCACCGCCACAGGAAGAGGCUUCAGCUAAACACACAGACUCAAGGGCGUAGGACAUACAAUAAUUACUAUAGUAACGGGACUUUCAUGCACAUUUGAACAUUUGAUUGACAGAUAAACCACACGCUCUUAUUUCAGUGUUGUUUUUAUUAUGUGGAUAUUUCAGCUACCAGUUUGAUUUGUACAUUCAGUUGAACAACAUUAAUUUAAAGUUAAAGACUGUCCGCGGCGACUCAGGACGCAUGCACCACAGAUCGCCACUUACAUAGUUUACCAUAAAAUCCUCAUUAUAUUUGUCCCAAAAUAUUGUUAAUGUUCAUAAUGACUUUAUUCUAGGCAGGAAGAUUGUGUAUCUUUCCGGACAACGUUUGUCCCUCUGUCUGUAUCUAAUAAUAUCCAUAAUAAUAUCCAUAGUUCACGCUUUCUCUUUCCAUUUGCUCUGUUUUGUCAAACACUGUACUUCAAUUAUAUGAAAAGUUAAUGAAUCAAACGUUUUAGAUCCAGUCUUCACCAUCUCUCUCUGUCAGGACAUGCCAGAUUUUAUAUAUAUAUAUAUACAGUAUGUAUGUGUAUUUAUUUAUUUAUUUUUAUUUAUUUAAUUUUUUAUUAUUAUUUAAUUUAUUUAUUUUUUUGCUAUAUGGGUUUGUAGCCGGAAAAGAGCAAAAGAGCAACAGAAAAGCACUCAAACGUAGAGGCAGAACAGAAACAGACAGGAAACAGGCUGCGGUUUGUGAGUUCACAGAUAAUUUCCUGGUCAUUUUUCACACAUAACGCCCUCAACAUCACACGGAAACACAGACAUGCUGUCCGUCAGCGCUAGUGUUUGAUUCUCAACACGUGAGAUGAUCAACAGACAUAUUACUUUACUCUACACCGAUAGAAGAGAGCAGUAUUAUCAGUAUUACUGGAGAUUUGAGUUUAAGAAAGUCAUUUGAGGAACUGUUGAGAGUUUUGCACUGAUUUUCUGAACUCAACCGAUGAAGAAAUGAAGUUCACUCUGAUGAUUUCUGGAUUUCUACUGAUGGUGAGCAGUUCAGUGUGUGUGGAGAUUACAGCGAGAGGAACAGAAGGAGAACAAGUGGCUAUUAAGUGUCCUUAUGCUAAAGGAUAUGAAAACACCAACAAAUACUUCUAUAAAGGACCUUACAAAGAUAAUAAUCUUAUACUAAAAUCUGAUGGAGGAGAGUCAGUGUCUGACGGCAGAUUCUCUCUGCGGGACGAUCAUCAGACGAGUUCAUUUACGGUGACCAUCAGAAACCUGAGGAUGGCAGAUGCUGGACAGUACGGCUGUGGAGCUGGAUGGGGAAACUAUAAACUAAUCCAGCUGAAUGUGAUUAAAGCUCCACAGAAAACAAGACCUGUCCAGAUCUCGACCUCCACCCUUCACUCGUAUACAAACAGCAGCACUGACCACACCAGCACAGGCCCGCACGGGCUGCUCCUUCCAACCCCUGGUUAUCCGAGGUUCUUCGUGAACAUCGGACUACACUCAGAGCGGCAGAGAGAAAAUGGCGCAAAUCAAACGAUCUGUCGGACCUCAAACGACAAACUGGAUGCUAAACAGUCAGGUUUCAGGAGGGGCCAUUCAACUGAGACUGCGCUUCUCUCGGUCACUGAAGCCCUGCGAAUUGCAAAAGCCCAUUCCAAAUCAUCAGUCCUCAUUCUGCUGGACCUAUCUGCCGCUUUUGACACUGUCAAUCAUCAGAUACUCCUGUCCACCCUCUCAUCACUGGGCAUCUCUGGCAUUCCACUUCGCUGGUUUGAAUCCUAUCUCACUGUGACACCUCAAACAGAAAGUGAAACGACAAGAACAAUGACAGGAAGUACUGCAGUUCAACUCAAUCAGCCAAACACUAAUCUGUCUUCUGUCGCUGGCGGUCUGGGUUCGGUUCUGCUGGUUCUGGUUCUGUGUUCUGGAACGUUCCUCGUCCUGAAAAAGAGGAAAAGGAAAUCUGGGACAGGUUUAUUUCAGCAAAAUGUGCAGCACAGUACAGAGUCUGAGCGUAUGUAUGAGGAGAUUCCAAACAGUGAUGUCAUCGCUGCAACAUCCUCGUCCAAUCAGACGCCUGCAUCACACCUCAACACCCGCCCACAAGUCUCUGCUGUUUAUGCCACAGUAACCAAUCAGCAGCCUGAUUCAAACCCCAGUCGCACCCACUCCACCAAUCAGGUGACAGAUACAGACUGUGAUUAUUAUGCUAAUAUGAAGCCGCCUGAACCAACAACAGACAGCAGAACAGAACUGAUCUACUCAACAGUGACACAUCCACAAAACAUCAAGACAAACGACAGCCCGAUAUAUUCAGUGAUCAAACAUAAAUAAAAAUG